AUGGACUUCGAAAGUCUGAAGAACCAGGUUAGCAAUUUGACCCUCUACGACCUCAAAGCUGGGGUCCGAAAGGUUCAAAAUGCCGUCAUGAACUUGACCGAGAUGGAGGCCAAGGUUCGAGAAGCCACAAACGGAGAUCCAUGGGGCGCAUCGGCAAGUCUUAUGCAAGAAAUCGCCCAGGGUACACACAAUUACCAACAAUUGAACGAAAUCAUGCCCAUGAUCUAUAAACGAUUCACAGACAAGACUGCGGAAGAGUGGAGGCAGAUAUACAAGGCCUUGCAACUCCUCGAGUUUCUCUGCAAAAAUGGGUCGGAGCGAGUUAUCGAUGAUGCCCGAUCACACCUGUCCCUCCUCCGAAUGCUCCGCCAGUUCCAUUAUAUUGAUCAAAAUGGCAAAGACCAGGGUGUGAAUGUCCGGAACCGAUCUGCAGAGUUGGUAAAACUCCUGAGUGAUGUCGAUACCAUCAGAUCAGAGCGAAAGAAAGCACGCGCAAACCGCAACAAAUACGGAGGAGUAGAAGGUGGAAUGGGAAUGGGUGGCGGCUUCUCGAGCGGAAGUCGAUAUGGUGGCUUCGGCAGCGAGACUGGGGGAUUCGGAGGCUAUCAGGGCGAGGUUUACGGCGAUGGUGGAGGUUUUGGCGGUCGCGAAACCGACUUUUCGGGCACUCAGCGCCGUGGCGACCAGUUUGAGGAGUAUGACGAGGCCGACGAUUUCGAGACCUCAAGACCGACAAGAAGCACGGCCAGCCGAACAACGGCGCCGACGACUACUGCAAAACGAGAUCCGCCUAAGCCGAAGGAACCGGAACAAGAUCUCUUUGAUUUCGGCGACGAUCAAAGUGCGACGAAGCAAUCAAGCGGCAAAGCGCCAGCAGCUCAGUCGGGUGGUCUGGAUGAUUUUGGCGGCCUACAAAGCAGCACAGCAAAUGACGACGACGAUUUUGAUGACUUUCAAUCCGCUACCAGUCCAGCGGCGAUACAGCCAGUUGCAAAUCCUCUGGCUGGGAUUGCUCCUCCACCAACCACCUCAACUACAACCUCAGCCACGCAGUUUGCGGCUCCAAAGCCAGUGGCUCCAGGACAAGCCGCUGGCCUCAACAACAUCUUCACAACUACAUCCCCAGCACCAUCGACGACUUCUUCGAUAAUGUCACCGACGACAUCAACGUUUUCACCACCACCUGCACAGAAACCUGUUCAGCCUUUACAACCUACCGGGUUCAAACCCUCUGGACCGAACUAUUUCACAUCAGUCCCCGUGUCGAUAAACUCACAGUCCACUGCCACAUCUAAUGCCUCAACGCCUCUGGGCGGGGCCACCCCUUCAUACACAUCCUCUACGUCUGCGGCAUCACUCGGCAAGCCCACUUCCAAACCUGCUGCAGGUAAAGGUGGUGAUGCCUUUGGAGAUCUCUGGAGUACUGCAAGCACCAAAGCAGGAGUCAAGGGAACUACUGGGCCGCAGAAGGGUCCAGAUCUAGCGAGUAUGGCCAAAGCAAAGAGCCAAGCGGGAAUCUGGGGAGCGGCAUCAGCAGCGAGCUCGACAACCCCAAGGCCUGGAGGGAUGGCUUCGAGCACUAACACCGCCUCGGGACCAGCCAAACCAAGCACACCUUUGGGCAACGGCUUGGAUGAUUUGCUGGGGUAG